UGGCGGAGUCCGGGCUCUUGACGGUAACCAGGGAGCGCCCGGGCGGGGGGUGGCAGGUGGGGAGUGGGACGUCCCCCUCCACCGGAGGGAUAGCUGGGGGCACGUAGUGCUCUCUGCCCAGAGUCGGAGUCAGGGCCCGGGGGUCAUAACUUAAGGGAAGGGGCGAGGCCCAGAUCGGAGGGGAAGGCAGGGCUCCGCACGAAGGGGCCCGGAGGAGGCGCCGCCGCCACCUCCACCGCCACCGCCACCGCCACCGCCACCGCCACCGCCGCUUUCUUGGGCGCCCGGGCCGGGGGAUACUCGUUGUGGGCCCGGUCACUGCGCUGCGGGGCGGAAAGCUGCUCCCGCCGGCGGGGGCUGGAUCUGACAGCGGCCCGGGCUGGGCCUAGAAAGAUUGUCCGGGACAGCUCCUGGGAGCUGGCUAGCGAAGGGAUCCCGCCGCCGCCAGUGCUGCUGCUGAGGGGGGCACGGCGGGCGGGGGACUCAGCCUGUCAGGAGCAGCCCCCAGGGGGCCGAGGAGGUGGGCAGAUAAGAAAACUGAGACUCAGAGAGGUUAAGUGACUUGCCCAAGGUCAUUCAGCUAUUAAUGAUCAGAACUGAGAUUCAGACCCAGGUCUCCAAAUCCAGCACAUAUUUCACACCAUGCUGCCUCCUUAUUUGGUUCUCUUGGGAUCUGUUGAUGUGUGCAGAUUGUCAGAAUUCUAAUGAGCCUUUGACCUUCACCCUUUUCCUAGCUGGAAUGUGUAUUAUCAAGUUUGGGUACAGUGCCUUCAGAACCAACAUGUAACAGAUGGAUGUUAUUUUAUACAAGUUGCUACUUCAAGCCAACAUUUUUGACUCUGAAGGAUCCCUCUACCUUCAGCCUUGAACUUCAGUUUGUGAGACAAAAUAAAAGAAGUUCAUGUAGUGCUUGCUCUAGCUUGAGUCAUCAUGAGUAGCAGUCUAGGAAAAGAAAAAGACUGUAAAGAGAAAGACCCUAAAGUGCCAUCAGCCAAGGAGAGAGAAAAGGAGGCAAAGGCCUCUGGAGGAUUUGGAAAAGAGAGCAAAGAAAAGGAACCUAAGACCAAAGGGAAAGAUGCCAAAGAUGGAAAGAAAGACUCCAGUGCUGCACAGCCAGUUGUGGCUUUUUCUGUGGACAAUACUAUCAAACGCCCUAAUCCAGCUCCUGGGACCCGAAAAAAAUCUAGCAAUGCCGAAGUGAUUAAAGAACUAAACAAAUGCCGGGAGGAGAAUUCAAUGCGAUUGGACUUAUCCAAGAGAUCUAUUCACAUGCUUCCUUCAUCAAUCAAAGAAUUGACACAGCUAACAGAACUUUAUUUAUACAGUAACAAAUUACAGUCUCUCCCAGCAGAGGUAGGCUGUUUAGUGAAUCUGGUAACACUGGCAUUGAGUGAAAACUCACUGACCAGUUUGCCUGACUCUCUUGAUAACUUGAAGAAGCUUCGUAUGCUUGACCUACGGCAUAACAAACUGAGAGAAAUUCCUUCAGUGGUGUAUAGGCUAGAUUCUCUCACCACUCUUUACCUUCGUUUUAAUCGAAUCACUACUGUGGAAAAGGAUAUCAAAAAUUUGUCCAAACUCAUCAUGCUUAGCAUUCGGGAAAACAAAAUCAAACAACUACCUGCUGAAAUUGGUGAAUUAUGUAACCUCAUAACCUUGGAUGUAGCUCACAAUCAACUGGAGCACCUUCCAAAGGAGAUUGGAACCUGCAUUCAAAUCACCAACCUUGACUUGCAGCACAAUGAACUCCUGGAUCUCCCUGAAACUAUAGGAAACCUGUCCAGUUUAAAUCGUCUUGGACUAAGGUAUAACAGACUGUCAGCAAUACCAAGGUCAUUAGCAAAAUGCAGUGCACUUGAGGAGCUGAAUUUAGAGAACAAUAACAUUUCUACUUUGCCAGAGGGUCUAUUAUCAAGUCUUGUGAAUCUGAAUAGUUUGACACUAGCUAGAAAUUGCUUCCAGUCAUAUCCUGUGGGUGGUCCAUCUCAAUUCUCCACCAUCUAUUCCCUCAAUAUGGAACACAACAGAAUCAAUAAAAUUCCAUUUGGAAUUUUCUCCAGAGCAAAAGUAUUAAGCAAGCUGAAUAUGAAGGACAAUCAGUUAACCUCACUUCCUUUGGACUUUGGAACUUGGACCAGUAUGGUAGAACUGAAUUUAGCUACCAAUCAGCUUGCAAAAAUCCCUGAGGAUGUAUCAGGGCUUGUGUCUCUUGAGGUUCUAAUAUUAUCAAACAAUGUUCUGAAGAAGCUCCCACAUGGCCUUGGAAACCUUCGGAAAUUAAGAGAAUUAGAUUUAGAGGAGAACAAACUGGAAUCCCUGCCAAAUGAAAUUGCUUACCUUAAAGAUUUACAGAAAUUAGUCCUAACGAACAACCAGUUGAAUAAUCUUCCCAGAGGAAUUGGUCACCUUACCAAUCUCACACAUCUUGGCCUUGGAGAGAACCUACUGGCCCAUCUUCCUGAAGAAAUUGGUACACUGGAGAACCUAGAAGAACUAUAUUUGAAUGACAACCCUAAUCUUCAUGGCCUUCCUUUUGAGUUGGCUCUCUGCAGCAAACUGUCAAUCAUGAGUAUUGAAAACUGUCCACUCAGUCACCUUCCACCUCAGAUUGUUGCAGGAGGACCUUCUUUCAUCAUUCAGUUUCUAAAGAUGCAAGGUCCCUAUCGUGCCAUGGUCUGAUGUAAAUCAUUUGGUCCCAUACACUGUACAAAAUAUAAACUGCAUUAAUGUUGUCUCAUAUCUAUAUCUGUAUCUCUUUUUGUAGAUAUUGAUAUAUAUAUGGCAGAUUUAUUCAGACUGCAUUAUGUGUUUCAGCUAAUAGAGGAAUCAUAGCCAUUUAGAUUUUUUUUAUUCUGUACAAAAUGCUUGUUUGAGUUUUCUUUGCUGAAUUUGAUGGAUUUUUGUCUGUGGAGUCAUAUGGAAUACCAAUGUACUUAAUACAUUUGCCAACAAAUUAAAAAAAUAUUAAAUUUAAGGGACAAAAUUAGUAUUGUUAUAUAGACUUUCUAUUAGGAAUAAUAAUGUACAAAUAUUUGUUGCAACUUUUCAUAUUCAUUUUUCCCUUCCCUUUGUCAGAACCCUGUAUUGUCAUAUGCCCUAAAGAUAGAAUUUUUCUUUAACUUAUUUUGAGAUUUGAAACAGAAAUGGUUUUUAUAUAUUGUUUACAGUCAGAGUAAAUCACUGGAUUUUUUAUUUGUUUUGAUUUGCUCUGUUUUAAUCAAUCAUAACUAGAAUUUAUAUGCUUCUGCUGAAGAAUUUGUAUCAGCUAGUUUAUAUACAAAAAGAUUUACUCAAUGAAAUAACUGGUAAAGUGGAAAGAUGUAGCCAAAACGCUUGAAUUCUCGUAAUUAUGCUUCUCUGAAUUAUCAUUUGUGAGGAAAAAAAAAACAUAUCUGAACUGAGCCUUUGGGGGGAGUUUUGGGGGAGAGGAAAGGGGACAUGACAUCUUUUCUAGCACAAAUAAUCUUUUCAGAUUGGGGGGAAGAAAUACAUAAUUGGUUCAGUGAAAAGCAGUUGUUGUUUUGGGAAGUUGCAGUUAUCCAAAAUCUAAUACAGUUUGAUUGGCAAGAAAAUCUAAUCCACACACUUUGUGUAUAAAUAUACAAUCUUAUAUAGAUAUGUAUUUAUUAUGACAUAAAUGACAUCAAGUAAUAUUGAGGAUUUCUCCCCAUCCUUGUACAAUGAAAUGAAUUGAAUGUCUCUUACUUUUUUAAACACUGCAAUAUAUGUAAGUUUUAGGGUUAUUUAACAAUGUACUCUUGUUAUAUAUCUUAACUUGCCUUGUACAUCUUUCAAUCCUGGAAUUUCUGCAUCCAAGCACAAUAUCUUCACACUGUGUUGUGUUGCUGCUGAACUCAAUGCACUUUUCCCUAUUAUGUGGGACACUUGCUUCAUACAAUUCAGUUCAGUAUCAGUACCAUUCAUUUUCACUUUACCCUUUCCCUCAGUAAUAACUGCAGUCAUGAAAAAGAGGCACAUGUUGAGUUGUGCAAAGAAGCUGUUGAUAACUCAAUGGAAAUACUGUAAGUUGUGCAUGUACUUUCUGAUAUCUUUUCGUUUUCCACAUUGCAUUAAGGCUAACAGUGUUGUCUAAGUGGCACACAUUUCCUACAGUACUGUUCCUUUUCUAGUGCCAGUAGAAAUUUAUAAAUUUUUUCAUUAUUGUGGAGAAUAAAGGGGCAGUUACAUUCCAGUUGGUAUCCCAAAACUCUCCUUUGUAAUAGAUAUAAAUUGUGGAUCACUAUUUGACUAUUGCCAUUUAAUUGGAAAUUCAUAUUUUGAACAAAUCUGUCAAUUAUUGGGAUGGAAGAAUAAGGUAGUAGUGUCCCCACCUCCAACUCAGUUCACUUAUGGAUUGUACUGCCUUAGGCUGGAAUCACUAUUCUUAUUUAUCUGACAUUUUCAAAAGGAAGAACUUUUAAAUGAAAGGCAGGUGGAGAUAUAAAACCCUGGGGGGUUUAAAUGUCUUGUAAACUAUUGUAGAUGUCACUGGAUUUACCAAGUAAUAUCCCUUUUUUUCUCUUUUUCCAUCUACUGUGGCUUUUCAGUUUAAAUUUUGUUCAUAAAAGAUUUUGUUUUUUAUUGCUCUAAAUAGAGCAAAAUAUUCUCCCCUCCCCAAGCAUAAAGGUAUUAAAAUAUGAAGAUGCUGAAACUUGGACAUUGAAGACCAUAAUCCAACUUCUGAAAAAUAAUUUGAAAUUAAAAUAAAAAUGGAUGUCCCAUGUCUCUUAAAACAUAGGUGUUCAUCUACUUUAAUAAAGGGAAUGCCUUUUUAAAUUUGUUAAUAUUACAAUGGGGCAAUGAUGAACACAAUUUUAAUGUAAUGUUGAAGCUACUUGAAAAGGAGAAAAUGAGCAGCCAUUGUAGAGACUUUUAAUGAGUGUAGGUCAAACAUCUUCUAAUGGCUACUUCCAUGUAAAACAACACAUGGAUUUCUUUGCCUCUGCUAGCCAGAAACAGCAUGAACUUUAAUUGGUCUAUGCUCAUUAAACCAAGAUGUUUCAUAUGUAAAUAGCUUGUUCUGAAUUUUCACCUUUCUAAGGUGUAUUGCUAAAAUAAUAGAUGAUCAGAGGUGACCCUCUUCCUGAAACUGCAGUGGAAUGAGUAGUCGGUUUACCUAAAAUAUCAUGCUUGCUGCUUUCUUUUAAAGAAAAUAUGACCAGUCUCUCCAUUAUCCUGUGAAUAAAUAAAACAAAAAAUGUAGAAGACGACUACAAUAUGAAACAGAUCCUUUUUUUAAAAGUUUCCCUUCUCUUAAUGUAUGGUAGCUAAAUGAUAAUGCUACAUUUUAAGGAGGAUGUGUGUGUGUGUGUGUGUGUGUGUGUUUCCAUUUCCCAAGUGGUUACUUCCUAUAGUCAAAAGGGUAAAUACUAAAGAGUUUUGUGGAAAUAAAAAAUACAAAAAAACCCAAUUUGAAAUAGAAACUCUAGGAAGAAAAAUAUGCAUAAAAUGCAUUUUUGGAAUUGUGAUUUUAAAAGUUGGGUACUGUAAUUGGAAUGAGCUUUUUUAAUAGUUUACUUAAGUACAUCUAAUUUGUCUACCUUGUAGUUUGAAUAAGUUAAAACUAUUAUGUGGUAAAAUAUUUUCCAAAUUCCCCAUUAUGUUUUGUUCAUACUUUUGGUCUGUGUGUUGUGCCAAAUUUCAACUGGCAGACUACUUUUACUUAUCUAUACAAAUAGUUCAUGAUCAGAUUCACAAUAGAGAGGCAAGCAAUAUAAAUUCAAAAUAGGCAAGAGAAGGGAUUGGUGUUGCUAGGCAAAACAAGAUAAAGAUAAUAUAUUUCUUUCCACCAGAAUUAGUAGUAAGUUAUUAAACCAGUUGCCUUAGUUAUAACUUUCCAUUUCAGUAUUGCUCUGAUCCUAUGACAAAUACUCCCUCUGGAAUCAGUUAGUGGAGAUUAGGAAGGUGACAAUCUUUAGUGAUGCAAGAAUCUUUAUAUUCUGAAUGUAAGAAAAUCAUGCUAUUUACUGGAAAUUCAAGAGAGCAUCCCUGAGAGCUAAAAUUUAUAUCACAUAUCAUGAGUCUGUCAUGGGGUAAUAAACUCAGUACUACAUUAGUAAAUAUAGUGUGGUGUGAAGUUGAUAAUAGAAAUUAUGAAGGGGGAAUAAUAAAUUAUCAAAAAACUUUGAGAAGCAAAUAGAAAAUUCAAUUUGUGUGUGUGUAUGUGUGUAUAUAUAUAUAUGUAUGUAUAUGUAUAUAAAGUCAGUUUUACUGGAUUUAAAAUUUAAUUAAAUAAAAGUUAAUUAGUACCCAAGAAAGAAAAAGAAAAGCUUUUUCUUAAUGUUAUUGUUAUCUCACAUACAUUUAACAUCUAAGUAAAUGAAGUUAAUCUGAACAAAUAAAUUACAACUAAGACAUAUAUCAGAGUAGAUACUUAUUUUUGGGCAAUAGUGGUGACCUGGAGAGAAAAAUAUUUUUGCUCUUCCCUCUUCAUAGUGGUGGAGAAGGGUGGAGAGAAUAACCAUAAUAGCCUGGUCAUAGCUAUAUCACUGAUAAUAAUAACAGCUCACACUUACAAAGGUUUUCAAAGUACUUUCUUCACAAGGAUUCUAUGAGUUGUGUAGGUAGUGCAAGUAUUAUUACCACCCUUUAGAGAUGAGGAAAUUGAGUCUUAGGUUAAGUAAUUUCUCCCAGGUCAAAUAGCUAAUAGCAUUUGUUAGAGUCAGGAUGAAAACCUAGGUCUUCUGACUCCAAAUCCAGGACUCUUUUUAUUACACCAUGCUGCCUCAGAUUGUUCUGUGAAGAACGAUCCUAGUAUAGAUCGGAUAAUAGGAUUAUGUGAGUGACAUUUUUAGCAUGUUAUAUGUUAUGGAAAACCUAAAAAUGAUCCUAUUUGCAGAGUUUUAUUGUAGGAUAGUUGGUGCUUCAAUGAAUGUCCUUUAGACUUCUGUGCUGUCAUGUUCACCUUUGACCUUUGCCAGUGUUAUGUAGAAAUUAGCAUGUUCAAACUUUCGAAAGCUACAUAUACCAAGUAGCUUUUGCAUCAGCCAUAUAUAUAUUAAUUUUCUUCUAAUGAUUUCAUGGAAUACAGCAAAUGUGGUGAGCACUUAAAUCUGACCUUCCCCAUCUUCUCCUCUUCUUCUAUCAUUUCAAAAUCCAAUGUAAGGAGGAAUGUUUCAAGUUACUCCUCAAAAUGCUCACUUUUUUCAAUAUAAGUUUAAAUUACAGAAAUUAUAAAAUGUCACCAAAUAAUCUUAAUUUUCAUGAGUUAUCCCCUAUUUCCUGACCUUGAACUUUAUUGCAGCCUUUUAAUAUUGCAGCCUUUUAACAUAUCACAGAUUACAAAGUCUCCUUGUAGUAAUUCAACAAUUUGAAUGCAACAAAGUAUUUUUGUAUAGUCAGUAGUGCACCUCAGUUGUAUCUUUAAUCUGCAUGUCAAAACUUGCUUUUAAUUAGAUGUACAGUUGUCAGUCAUUUGCACAACACAGAAAUUUAAAAGGUACAGUUAGAACAAUUGCAAACAUGAUAGUAUCUACAAACAAUAUCUAAUGGUUUGGGGUUUUAUUCUGGCAGAGAUCAAUGCAUCUUCUGAUAGUAGGUCUUAGCCAGGUCUGCACAGAAAUUAAAUUGUGGAAAAUAUUUAGCCACAUUUCAAUUGUGGUUAAAAGCUAAAGUGUAAACAGCCUACAAAAAAUGUACUUUUAAUCUCACUUGUACUGUUGAUUGUUAUGUCUAUAUGAAAAAUGCCUUGCCUUUUUUUAUAAUUUAUCCUGUAUCAAUUGCAUUCAUUAUAAAUAGUAUAUUUGUAAA